CCGAGACCUCCGCUGCAAACAGAAAUGGCGUCUCCCUAAAAAUCCAUGUGGCUCCGGUGACGUCCUGAAACGAACGAAUUUAGCAGAAAUCUUGCAUAAAAGUGCGGAUUUACAAACAGACCCCGGUUUGAGAGUUUAAGAGACACGACAGGACGUGAAAAUGCAGCACGACGACGUGAUCUGGGACAUUAUUGGAAACAAACAGUUCUGCUCCUACAAAGUCAAAACCAAAAGUCAGAAUUUUUGUCGUAAUGAAUACAGCCUCACGGGACUGUGCAACCGGUCCUCCUGCCCCCUUGCCAACAGCCAGUACGCCACCAUCAAGGAGGAGAAAGGCCAGUGCUUCCUGUACAUGAAGGUAAUCGAGAGAGCUGCGUUUCCUGCCAAAAUGUGGGAGAAGGUGAAGUUGAGCAGAAACUAUGAGAAGGCUCUGGAGCAGAUCGAUGAGAACUUGAUUUACUGGCCUCGCUUUAUACGACACAAGUGUAAACAGAGAUUCACCAAGAUCACGCAGUACCUCAUCCGCAUGCGCAAACUGGAGCUCAAGAGGAGGAGGAAGCUGGUGCCUCUGAGUCGAAAAGUGGAACAGCGUGAGAAAAGAAAAGAGGAAAAGGCCCUGAUUGCAGCACAACUGGACAACGCCAUCGAGAAAGAACUGCUGGAGAGACUCAAGCAGGGAACGUACGGAGACAUCUAUAACUUCCCGGUGCACGCCUUCGACAGAGCUCUGGAUCAACAGGACGAAGAGAGCGAGGAAGAGGAGAGAGAGGAGGAAGAAGAAGAGGAGGAAGAGGAUGAGGACGUGGGGAGGAAGGAGUUUGUGGCGGAUGAGGACAUAGACGAGAGCGACCUUAGCGACUUCGAGGACAUGAACAAACUGCGAACGAGCAGCGACGAAGAGGAGGAAACAUCGAGUGAAGAAGAGGAGGAGGAGGAGGAAAUGGAGACAGAACUACAAAAACACACUGGACCACAACCAGAGAAGAAGAAACAGUCCAAGGGAAAGGGUCCUGCGAACGGUGCUGCCCCCCGCAGGAAACGAGCCUAUGUCGAAAUAGAGUACGAGCGAGAGACAGAGCCCGCUUCCAUGAGGAGGAACACGUAAAACCAGUCAAUCAUGGGCCAGCAUGGACUGUCAAUCAAAGCCACAUCACAGGACAGCCAAUCAGCAGCUGGCACAGACUCAAAUCAUUUAUUAUUUUACAUUUUACACAUUUCUUC